AGAAUAUAUAAAUAUGAAAAAUAUUUUCUCCACAAUUCCUUUCUCCGUUGGCUUUUGCCCUACAAGAAGCAAGUCCGCCUUCUCUCCAUCGCCGGACCGCCGCCGAACCACCUAUACCACCGCCUCAGCGCUCGCAAGGUGUUGGUUCCAAUGGGAUUGACUGGUUUAAGGCCUGAUUCUGAAGGGAAAGAAUCCAAAAGCUUCAAGCGCAAAGUUGAAAAGAAACUUAAGUUUUAUGCAAAAGUUAGAAAUGCUGUAGUUGCUUUAGGUGCUAAAAAGGCAAUCAGCAAGAAAAAGAGAUUACGUAGCCGGCAGAAGAAGUUGAAGGCAUAUGACCUGUCAGCCCUUUCUGAGUUUCUUCCCGAUUUGAAUGCCCCCAAGCAGCCUUCCAGAGAAACCAGCUUAAAGAUUAACUGCAAGACUAGGCAGAAGCUAGUGCAAAGGGAAGGUGCACAGUUGAAAGCAGUCCUGAAUGAUCCUACAUUUCAGAUUGAUCCACUCUCUGCAAUUCAUCAACAUUUACAGAGAACUCAGCCUCCUUCAGCCAGUGACCAAGACAAAGGUUCAGGGAAAACCAAGAAGGCCAAGAAAAAGGGUGCAAAAAAGUCACAGUCAGGCCCUCGGUCUAUGGAUUUUUGACUGUGCAGUUAGCUCUCGGCACCUACCGACAUCCAUCGCCAUCUUCAAGCUCACCUUCAUAACCAGUGUUACCCAUCUUGCACGGUUUUGCGACUUCUGAAAUUGCUUUGUUUUUGUGGAAGCUGUACAUGACUGAAUGACGAGACCGGAAAUUUUGAUGGUUAUGAAAGUUGUAGAAUAGGUUUGAAGUACCGAGCGUUUUGUUUAAAUUUGUCUAUCAUAUAUGAGCUGGUACUGUAUGAAAAAUUUACAUGUUUUGAGUCAUCUUUCCUUUGGUGGAAUAGAAGCAAGUGAUGCACGAUCUGAUCCUUAAACGCUGUUGUCCUAUGCAGUCCUACCUAAUGGUUUAAUUUUCUAUUCUGUACCUACGUUCCAGCUUGAUAUUGGGGUAACAUUUUCA